AUGAGUUCACUAUCUACAGGUUCAUCCACUGCCACAACAAUGACUACGGCAGGAACAGUAUCAACUGCAAAGAGUAAUAACUCUCGUUCAUCUUCAUCGUCACUAGGAUCUGUACCAUCUUCAUUACUAGAAAAUAGGAAAACCAAUAAAUUAACACAAUGUUUCGAUGAUAUAUUGAAAUUAUCAACAGAAAUGAUGGUCCAACAACAAUUGAAAACUAUUCAAUUAGAUUCAAAUUUAAUUAAUGGAUUCAAUGAAAAUCAACAAAAUUCCUUAAAGGAAAAAAUUAAUUCUUUCCAUGGUAUAUUAGAUGAUUUGGAAAUUUCAAUUAAUAAAAGUUUGACUUACCUAGAUACUAUUUCCAAGAUAUCUAUUGAGAAACGAAAGGAAAAUAUAAAAACAAAAAUAUUGAAAGAACAAGAAGAGAAAGAGAAGGAAAAACAAUUAGAAUUAUUGAAACAAAAGCAAAAACAAGAACAAGAGGAAGCUGAGGCUCAGGCAUUAAAACUCAAACAAGAGGAAGAAGAACUGGAGAGGAAAAGGAAACAACGAAAAGAGGAACAAGAACAACAAAUGCUAUUGACGAAUAAAAAAUCUCCAAUCGAUAAUAAUAAUAAUAAUAAUAAUAAUAAUAAUGAUAAUAAUAUAAAUAAUAAUAACGAUAAUAAUAAUAAUAAUAAUAAUAAUAAUAAUAAUAAUAAAAAUAAUAAUAAUCUCAUCCCAAUAACUACCGCAAAUAAUAAUAAUAAUGACAAUACCGGAUUAUUAGGUGAUAUUCAAUUAAAUUUUUCAAAUGAAGCUAUAGAUAAUGAUUUAUUAGCAAAUUUCAAUUCAAAUACGAUAAACCCAAAUGUAAAUAUUCCUAAUCCAACGACCAAUGCUAUUACAACCCAUAUCAAUAACAAUAAUAGCAUGAAUGGUGAUAUAUUUACAGAUUUGGAUGCAAUGGAUAUAUCAAUCUCUCCAGAUUUGGUUAAUACAACAUCAGUAGAGAAUUCACAACAACAACAGCAGCAGCAACAAAUUCCUAUAACCAAUGAACAACAACCUCCGGACAAUACCCUUGAUUUAACAACUUCUUCAGGAGCUGGAAUGGACCCACUAUCAAAUAACAAAGAUAAUAGUAAUACGAAUAUUAAUAAUAUUACAGAUACCAAUAAUAAUGAUAAUAACAAUAACAACAAUAAUAAUCCAUUAUUAGAUCUAAACUUAGAUACAGGCAACAACAACAAUAAUAAUAUAGGUUUACAAGAUGCAGGUGAUGAUUAUCUAACGUUAAAUGACUUCAAUGAUUUAAACGUCGAUUGGACAAAUACUGGAAAUACAGGAGAUGAUCCAAAUAAUGAUUUAGAUUUAAAUGGGUUUAACAUAUGA